AUGACGGAGACUACCGAAACUAAAAAGGAAAAGGAAACCUCUCAAGUGCCAUUGAAUACUACCACAAAACAACAACCUAUAAAAUUGAUCUCGGAUGAAGUGGAGAAAGAUACUUCUAAAGUCAACUUUACUAAAGGAAGUGUAGAGGAAUUCAAAUUCUAUCCUGACAACCCUAAAAGUCAUAGACAUAAGUACAAAUGGUCAAUGAAAGAACCCUCCAAAUUCUAUGAUCCUUGUGAAGAAAGUAGAAUGGCUUCCAUGGAUUGUUUAUAUCGUAAUCAGGACGAUAAGUAUGCAUGUCAAGAGUUUUUCGAUGCUUAUAGGGAAUGCCGAAAAGAUUUUUUUAGAAAAAAGAGACAAGACACUAUAGAUGGAGCCAAAGGAUGGGGUCGGUGA